UUCAACUUUUUAUGGGUAUGAAAAUUUCUUUUCAGUAUUUUUUCAGAAAAAGUAAUAUCAAAAUGGUAUUUUAACUUGUGUUUCUCUCUCUCUCUCAUAUUUGUUUCCCCUGGAAGCAUCGGUGACAUUGUAAAACAUUCCCUCCAGAAAAUUCGCUAUUUGUCUUCCUUCCCCACUCGCUCUGCAACUAAUGCUCUGCCUCUUCAAUGGAAGAACACGCUUCAAGUAGUAGUAGUAGUUCUCAACUACAACCUUCAUUAGAUGAUUGUUUGAAGCUAUUCAGAGGAGAAAGGGAUGAACAGAGGUUAGCCGGUCUACUUGUUGUUACCAAAUUUUGCAAUAAAGAUGACCAUACAGCCAUUCGCAAGAUUUACGAUGCCCUAGGACCUCAAUUCCUACACCGACUUCUUCGAACCGGAAUAGGGAAAGGAAGUGAUGUCGGGAGUAGCGAUAAUCGUGAUGCCUACUUGCAAUUGUCGAUCACAGUUCUUGCAGCAUUUUGUAGAGUUCCCCAGAUUGCAGCUUCUGAAGAAAUGAUUAAUAAGAUUCCUCUCAUUCUAGAGGCAAUAUCCAGAGAAGCAGGAUCACCUAUAAUUGAAGACUGCUAUGAGUAUUUGUUUUUGGUCUCAACGGCGAGUGAAGAAGGGGUUCAAACCUUGUACAAAUCUGGUGGCUUGAAUGUGCUAGCUUCACAAAUGAUGAUUCUACCCGAUGGUUCUCAUAUGAUUGAACUUGCUCUGAGACUUGUGCAAAUCAUUGUCAUUAAGCUACCCUCGGAAAAUGUUUAUUCUGAGCAUCCAACUGACCUGUCACUGGUGGUGUGUGCAGUGGCAAAGCAGUUUGCUGUUCUACAGAAUGCACUGAAAUUUGAAGCGCUUCACCUCCUAUCAACUAUCCUGUCCAACAGAUAUUCUGCACCUGUAUAUGAUGCUCUUCGCUUAGUGGAAAAUGAUGUUUGGUCGACAAAUUUGUGGAUUGGUAUUCUGGCGAUCUUGCAAAAUCGAGUUGCACCUUCACAUAAACUUCAUGCUCUUGUUCUGACCGAGUGUGUCAUAUCAAUUGUUGGUGAACGGUGGCUUAAUGGGGAGAUGAACUUAACUGGUUCUCAGGUUUCCCUGCCUGCUGACAGGUGCAUUCUGCUUAUUUUGGAGUCGUCAAGGGUUGAAAUUGCUGUUCUUCUAAAUGAUCUGGCAUACUUAAAAUAUGAAGCCUCCAACGCAUCCUCGAAUAGAGAGAACAUUCUUGUGAAGCAGAGGAAUCUUGGUGUAGCCUUCUCUUUGGUUGAAAAAAUAAUUAAACUUAUUUCUAGUUUUGGUGGAGAAGAGUCAACUGCCAAUGCUAUUAUCAGUGAGAGCACUUUCACAAAAAUCAUUUCUGGGCUCAAUGAGACAAUUGGUGUUGUUUUGGACUAUAUACGAGAUGCUAAGGAGCAUGGACAGAUGAAAGGGGAUGAUCUUCUAGCAGCAGUGCGAGUAAUCGGAAGCUACCUUGCAGAAGCACCAGAUGCAUGUAAAGAUAAGGUUAUAGAACUCCUAGGUUAUAUUCUUUCAAUUGAAGGGGAAGAUGAAUUGAGUCCUUUUUAUUCCAUCUGUUUUUUACUUCCAAUGCUGUGUCAAAUAACUCUCGAGACUGGAGGAUGUAAAAUUUUAGCUUCCUCGGGUGCAUUUAGAGAAGUUGUUGGUUACCUCAUUGCUUUGAUUGACCAAAACAAUUUUACGUCUGAGGAUAAUGGUUCUAUAUUCUUGGCUUGUGAUACAAUUUUGAAUCUUCUUCUAAAGCAGGAACAAAUCAAAUUUCCCUCAGAUGAUCCUAGUUUUAUCAGACUUUUGGUAGCAUUGUCACGCUGGGCGGAGGGUAUGGAUGAUGCAUCUAUUAUCAUGAUGGCAUCAAGUAUCUGUUCGCUUAUACUCGAUUUGACGUCAGAGGAAGCUCUUCUAAAUCAUCCAGACUUCAUUAGUGGCGAUGUUGGUAAUCUGUCAAAGCUCAUUAGACGAAGCUUUGUGAUGUGUGGUCAGUUGACAAAUUCUUGUUCUGACUGCACUCAGGACUUGAUAUCCGAUGAUGCUAAAGCUGAAGUAGAUCUUUUUCAGAUAAUUACCGCAGGGGCAGAUUUUCACGGAGGGCCACAGGUUCAUGUGAACCCAAUGUGGGAACCCAGGCACAAGAGUGCACCUUGGCCCGUUGGUGACAUUGUGCACCAGUUCAUACCAGGUCUUGUGAUCGAAUCCUUCUGGCCAUAUUGUUUUUUAAGUCUGUCUUUUUUAAUUCUCUUUUUCUUUCCUUUUCUUCAUUUUCUUUUUUUGGUACCUUUGCUGUUGUAACCGUGUUUCUUUUUUCUCUGUUUUCCCCUCCUUUUUGGUUACAUAGCUAUACUUCUUUCUGUUAUGUUUCUCUUUCUUUUCUUUUUUUUUUCCAGUCCUUUUCUCUUUUUGUCAUUUCUUUCUUUUCUUUUUGGUUCAUUCUUCCAGUUUCAAUUUUUUUUCUCUUCCUUUUUGGUUCCUGAUUUACUGAUCGUUUUUUUGUCAUUUCUUUCUUUUCAUGUUUAACUUUAUUCUUUACAUUUCAGAAGUCCCUUUUAAAUUAAAAAGAAAAACAAAAACCUCCGGACUUCUGUUUCUGCAUUUAAGCAACAAUUUUACGACUAUUGGGCACAGUUCUCCUAGUUUCUUAUCAUUUCUUUCUUAUUAUCUUUUCCUUCAGUAUUUUUUUUAUUAAUUUGUGAAGUAAAUAUUUUUGGAUAAUAAUGCUUUUAAUGAUCACUUUUAGAAUAUGAAAUUUGUUAAGACAAAGUAUAAAUUGAAUAACACCUUUUUUUGUGACGACGAUUUUAUGGAAUCGGACCAAAUGAUGGUGUAAAGUUCUGUCAUACUCUAAAAUCCGGAUACGUCUUUGUCCACCUCCACUAUG